AUGGCCCGUGGUGGUCAGAACAAUAACAACAAAAAUAAUCGUUUCCAACUAAUCACUCCUACUUUUUCCUCCACUACUACCUCUCCAUCAACUGAUUCUUCUUCUCACAUGGACAAUAUUCAUAGUCCCUUCUUUCUACACAGUAGAGACCACCCCGGUUUGGCUCUCGUUUCUCAUGUCCUUACUGGCCCCAAUUACAAUACCUGGAGUUGUUCUAUGCUCAUGGCCCCUAAUGCCAAAAAUAAGCUUGGUUUUAUCAAUGACAGUUUUCUGCAACCACAGACGACUGAUCCCACUUUAAACAUUUGGUCUCGCUGUAACAGCAUGGUCACUUCUUGGAUCCUCAACGUCGUGUCAAAGGAAAUUGCAGACAGUCUUCUAUACCUUGACAACGCCCAAGCCCCAAUUCCAAUCUGUCAUUGUGGAGGUAUGAAAGCUUGGAUGGAUUAUCAACAACAAGAGUACGUGAUGCAAUUUCUGAUGGGUUUGAACGAGUCUUAUGCUGGGAUGCGUGGUCAGAUCUUGAUGAUUGAUCCUCUGCCCUUUGUUUCAAAGGUGUUCAACCUCGUCGUACAAGAAGAACGAUAA